UCUUCGGCCUCAAAACGCAGGCGGUUGGCAGCUCCUGAGCCGCUCAGCAUGGCGCAUCGCUGGGCGAACAAAUACCCGAAAUCUGUGCUGAUGGAAGCGUAUCAAAUAUGGGGAGGAACUCCCGUUUUCACUGUGGAAGAUGGCCCUCCCCCGCCAGCCUCGCCGAAGUUCACGUGUUAUUUGACCAUUCCUACUGUGCACACGCCGAACGGCGGCUUCGAAGAGACGCGCUUCACCGCUUGGGCCCGCUCAAAAAAAGCCGCGGAACACUCAGCAGCAGAGAAAUCGCUGGAAUUCAUCGUAAGCAGGGGCCUGCUUCAAGCCCCCAACAAUGCAGCCGUCGUUCCCGGCCUUGUGGGGAGUCCAGGAGUGGGCGACAUGCCUCUGGAGGAGGUGCGCCUCCUGCAGCAGAGGCUGAGGAUCCUCAGCGUUCAGUUGGCUGCAGCUGGCCAUGGGGAGGCACCCGCAAGCAGUGGCUUUGCUCUGCCAGAAGAUGAAGAGGCCGGUGCUGUGACACCUGUCGACGUGGAUGGCCUCUCUGAGGAGCAGCUGAGGCAGGAGCUAAGACAGGCCCAGGAGCAGAAUGCGAGCCUGCGGCAGGCGCUUUCCCGGGAGCACACUCGGCGCAAGGCGGCCGUCGACGCACUCAUGAGCAGCCCGGCGCGCCAGUGACUCACCGUCAAGUAACUGCUGACUCGAGCCUACUCAUCGUCCCAAAAUGGGCCCCAACAUCAGCAUGUGGCAGGGCCUGAGCGCGUGCAGUCAUACACAGCGUGCAUGCUCAC